GAUAGGAGAUAGGGGGCCUCACAGGUAGAGAGAGGGGUGGUUAGUGGUACGUGGCUGUCUUAUAAAUACCUGCAGUAGGAGCAGGUCGGCGGAGUGCUGAGGGUGCGAGAGACGCUGGUGCAUCUGUGACGGCGACAAGGAAAAAAGGGACGGGGACAUGUUCUCUGCAGGGUCCUUAGUGAGAGAAAAACUCACGGGUUUGAGUGACACCUUUGAGCAGAUUCAGAUUUCAGUGAUGGUAAGUUCAGCUCAUCCAUAAUAAGUCACCGAGAGUCUCGGGCUGAGGCUGCAGAUGUGCCGCAAACUGUUCAGACUCACAUCCAUUUCCCUCGGAGAGAGAAAAAGAGACAAAGAACAAAGGUAACAGUUCCAAGUUUUUGAGAGCCGUGCUCGGCUGAAUCAGGGAGGACAGGAAGGAAGACAGGCAGCGACGAGGAAAAAAACAGAGAGAGAGAAAGACAGGGCCGAAGGAGACACAGAGGGGGACAAAGGCCCAGGGGCGAGACACACGGGAGGAGGAGGAGGAGGAGAAGGAGGAGGAGGAAGGGGACGGGAUCUCAAAGAAAGACAAGGAAAAGACCCGGGACGCGGAAAGCGAGUGAAGGCCAAGCACAGCAGGGAGACCACUUGAAGAGAUCAAACUCCAGCAAACUCCACCUGGAAGGAGGCCAGCGAAGAAUGGCGUGCCAGGUCUUCAGCGCCGACUCCUUCAACCCACUUGCAGGAGAUUCCCCUUUGCCGAUCCUCAUGCACCACGCCUCUACCGGCGACUGCCUGCCGACCGGCUCGCAUGCUCACAGCAUGGUGUCUGCAGUAUCAUCUGGGCUGUCCCUGGGUCAGCCGUCCAAACGCUCCCACAUGCACUUGUCCUCCUCCACCCUCGGAAACGCUCUGGGCAAUGCCCCCCCGGGCCUGCAUUACCCGGUCGCCCCGUGUCACUACAGCAACCAGCAGGCCACCUAUGGCAUGAUGGCAGCUCAGGAGAUGCUCUCUGCCAGUAUCUCUCAGACUCGUAUCCUGCAGACAUGUGGCGUACCGCACCCCAACAUGGUGGGCAGUGCAAAUCCAUUGCAAGGGUCUCUCACUCCUUGCUUGUACAAGUUUCCGGACCAUGGUCUGGGUAGCGGUUCCUGUGCAUUAAGCCACGGUUUCUCCUCACUGCCCCCGGCGCUCCUCUCCACUGAUGAGGCCCCCGGGGGCCAGAGUCUUGGAGAGUUGAAAAGUGACGGUCAAAGGAAGACCAUGCGGCACCCGGACGACGCCCCUGCCAUGGACUCGCCGCAGAUCCGGGAGCUGGAGAUGUUUGCCAAUGACUUCAAAAUACGGAGGAUCAAACUGGGGUACACACAGACUAAUGUAGGCGAGGCUCUUGCUGCCGUGCACGGCUCAGAAUUCAGCCAGACCACAAUAUGCCGCUUUGAAAAUUUGCAGCUGAGCUAUAAGAAUGCUUGCAAGCUCAAGGCCAUUCUGGCUAAAUGGCUGGAUGAAGCCGAGCUGGCCGGUGCCUUGUACAAUGAUAAAAUAGGAAUGAAUGAGCGCAAGAGGAAAAGGAGAACAACUAUCAGCCUCGGCGCUAAGGAGGCUCUGGAGCACAGCUUUGUAGAAAAAAAUAAGCCAUCCUCCCAGGAAAUAGCCCGGAUAGCCAAAGUCCUCCAUCUGGAAAAGGAGGUCGUCAGAGUCUGGUUCUGCAACAGACGCCAAAGAGAGAAACGGGUCAAAACCAGUCUGGACCUCAGCUCCUGUUUGAACAAACUCGGCCCACACUGCAUUGCACAGAUGAGCAAAGCUCAGAGACCAAUGACAUAGUUCAGCUUCAGGUCAAGUUUCUGCUCUGACGGGGGGGGGGGCUUGCUCAAAAAAGUUUUAUUGUGAUGUCAAAUGUCUGACAGGAAUCAAAAUGAAUUCAAUUGAUUUAAAAUUAUAAUUAUAAGUUUAUUUAGGUGAGCCGCUCCAACAUUCUGUAAGUUGAAGAUAAAUUGAAGAUAAAAGCUUUUUAUCUUCCUCAUACGGCGGUUUCAUACAGGAGCUUCUGUCUCCGGAUGUUUUAAUACACUGAACCGUAACUGAAAGGUACAAAAACCAAAUACAACGUAAUUUAUGAGCACCUGAGUGCAUAUGAACAUACAAUCGUUCUUUUAUCGUCAAGAAAGAAGAUUGACUUUAUUGUUGAAGACAUGUUUAACAGUUACCUGACAGCUGGGGUGCCUUUAAAGUAGGAGGUUUAACAAACUGAGUCAAACCUUAAAAUCUGUGUUGAUUUACCCUGACAUGGGAAACUCUGAGUUUUGGGUUUCAGAACAGCUGUUUAGAGCUGUUGACUCAUCCCAGCGAGCAUUUUUUGUUUCAAAAGACGUUGAAUAGACGUUGCAAAUUGGUUUAAAAAUCAACGUCUGUGUUUAGAUCACGUUUCAGCGUGAUUUUUAAUACGGUAAUAUUCCAUCCUCUACUUUGUGCUAUAUGGUUAUUUUAGAGGUUUAAAAAGAAACAACGUCCACACGUGUAAGCUGUGUGAGCUGAUGAGCUGUUAAUUACCUGUCUUAAAUGGAACAUGAUUUUUUUUUUUUUAGCAAUAUAGCCACAGUCAAAAAAGUAAUAUAUUGAAAGUUUUGCAACAACCUAUUUAUUUGUCACCUAAUAUAUUAUGUUGAACUACUUUUCUGAGUACAACCUCUUUGAUUAAUGGAAAGUCUUUUUAUCUUUUUUCUUGUCAAUAAGGCUCUCUCGUGUGCCUGUUCUUAUAUUGACAUGAUUUUUCAUGUUUGCUGACGUUACGCUGUCUGUUUUUGACAAAGCGUCACAAAGGGAAGCUCUGACCUGGUUGCUGUGAAGCGUCUUAAUAAAGUGCCAAAACAAGCCAACGCAAGCCUUAAUGUUCACUUUACAUCAGGUACAAUUAAUUGGUGGCUGUAAGACACAGAAAUCUGACUGCAACAGCCGCGCACGUUUCGUACUGCAGGCAGACAGACGUGAGAGGCAUUUGUUCAACUUGAUCGAAAACCGCGAGUAAACAUGGCGCGCACAUGCGUGAUUGCACGUGAGCUGAGCUAUUGUCUCUCUGUUGGCAGGCAGGGAAAAAGUAAAUCAGUUCAAUUUAUUUCUGAUAAUAAAGGAGAGCUGAGCUACGUGCCGCAUUCCUCACUUUUACUAAGGCCAUUAUGUGGCGCUUAUGAUAUAUACAUGGGAAGAGAGAGCCAGGUUAUGUGCACGGCGUGACAACAAUUCGUCGGUGAGCCACCGGUGAUUCGUUAAUGAACCUCGACGACGUAUUCAGGGAGCAGCGGUCCCCACUGUGAGUCACGUUCAGCUGUCCCCAUGGAGCGCUGUCAGGGGAAACGUAUGCUGCACCGGCGCCAACUUGCCAAACGUAUUUCUGAGGCCUCACGGCGAAAACACGCUGAAUAAGAUAAAGCUAUCAAGCUUCUCGGGGCUGGUCUGUUUUAACACGGCAGCUCUGUCUUACACACACCGGUCGUAUUAGAUACUGAGAUGUUACAUUUGUCUUUAGGUUUUAUGUGAUCAGAGAACGUUGGUUCCAUAGAGCUUGUUAAAUUCUUGAAUGUCAGUUUUCUAAAACUAAAAUUGAUAUAGCUGAUGCACAAUCUGCAUUAAUAAAUGCAGAUUGUUUGUAUCCCAUAUAACAGAAAUUAAAGUCCCUUCGCGUGCUGUGGGUUUCAGAUACAUUUCGAUCCACCUUUUGACUUCAUUACAAUUCUGUUUGUU